AUGAACGAAAGAGCAAUCCGUCAGGAUCCGUAUGAACGAAUCGUGAAGGAACUGCAGUGCUUGCUGCUCACAGACAGCCUGUCUGUCACUUUCGGACUUGGGGCCCGGUCCCGACCCCGGGCUCGGGUCCGGGGCUGCGUGGCCCGAGUCCCAGAAACAAUAAAAAAAACCCUCCGUGGCCCGGUCCCAGACCUGCGGGCCCAGUCCCAGACCUCCGUGGCCCGGUCCAGACCUCGUGGCCCCGGUCCAGAUCCUGCGUGGCCCAGUCCCAGACCUCCGUGGGGUGGGGGGGGGGAGGGAGGGGGGGUGGGGGGGGGGGGGGGGGGGGGGGCCCGGUCCCUAGACUGCGUGGCCCAGUCCUAA